AUGGAAUGGGGAGGAGAAGACCUGUUGAGGUUCUUGAAGAGUGUCGAAGAUGAAUAUUUCAAAGUCCAGCAGGGCCUACGUGAAUGCGCUUCGAAUGAAAAUUGGACAGAGUUCGACAAGCUGUUAGAAUAUUCCGGUCUGAUCAAUAUUUACCUGCCAGAGGGACAUACCUUGUUACAGGAAGCAGCAAAUUCAGGCCUAUCUACAGUGUUAAGAGCACUGAUCCAGACAGGUGCCAAUGUUGAAAUGAAAAGUAGGAAGGGCCAAACGGCGCUUCAUUUUGCGAUAAGGUCGGGAUCUAAGCCCGCCAUUUGCGAGCUUCUUGAUUACAGAGCAGACUUAGAUACCCAGGAUCAGGACGGGCAGACAUCUCUUCACAUUGCUGCACAGUCUGGGUCUUCAGAGAGUACAAAAGUACUCCUUGACCGUGGUGCAGACAUCAAGAUCCAGGACCAAGACGGUCGGACGGCUCUUCAUCUUGCCGCACAAUCUGGGUCGUCCGAGAGUGUAAUGCUACUCCUUGACCAUGGUGCAGAAAUCGAGAUCCAGGACCAAGACGGUCGUACAGCUCUCCACCUUGCCGCACAGUCUGGCUUACAAGACAUCAUGAAAGUUAUUCUCUGUAACGGUGCAGUUGCCGACGUUCCAGACAAAGACGGUCAGACCGUCUUUUCGAUGAUUCAAAGCCCCAGCCUACAAAUCAGCAUCAGAAAAUUCGCAAUGGCUUGGGAGAAUGAGAAGUUGCAUUUGCUCGCAUCUAAAACUUGCCUGAAUUCGGCCGUCCGUCUUAAAUGCACAUGCAGGCAGCAUUACUUUGAUGGCAUUCGUGUACAGGACAUGUAA